AUGUUUGCAGAGCCAUCCGGAAAAAUUUUCCGACACUCCGAAGAAUCCGCUGCACUACUUUUUUUCGUACACUUGUGGAAUACUGUCGACAUCCAUAUGCGCAAUCGUCCGUGGGUCAGUUCCAAAGCAAUUAUACCUGCAUUUUGUACGGGACUUGUAUAUGGCUGUGCGAUGUCAGCAUUCGUAGUGGCCAUCGACAAAUUAAAUGCUGCAAUCGCUUAUCCUAUAGGGCAGAUGGCUCCUGGUUUGGUGGUUUCCACAUGGAGCGUGUUGUAUUACAGAGAGAUCACGGUAGGCAAGAAGAAAAUAGGUUUAUGUCCGGUAACACUGAAAAGAUCAAUGCGAUCUGGGCGUCCAACGUGUUCUGCCUUAAUUUUUCUCGCGCUAUUGGGCCUGCGAAAUUUGUUGAUUCUUACGGCUGCUUAUCUUCUGACUGUCGCAGGAGUAGUAAUAGUGACGAUUUCUAAAGAAAUCUGUAGCACUUACAUUGUGCGUUUUCAGAUACUAGAUAAAGAAAUUCGUCAAUUUUUUUAA